AUCUUUUGCCGGCUCAACAACACAGCUUAACAAUAUAGUCCUGCUGCCGCAGUGCUAAAGCCUUCACUGCACCAUGAUAUUGACCAGCUUGAAUUGUUCUUAAUCUCGUCUUUCAGUACGGACGCCUGACAUCAGUUCAUAAGUGCUGACGACACAGGCUAGUCAGUCUGUAUGUUCCUUCUGCUGAAUCCCAGAAGCCCUCAAUAUCUCUUUCCAGUCCAUAUGCCAACCAGACUAGGGGCGUUUGCCAAGUCUAACCAGCUAGCUGACACUCUGUCCGUAAGGUCGUGGAAUCCGCCAAACAUUAACGAUAGCCUGGGAAGAAAGUCGCGACCACGGUCUGGUAUCUGCGAUAUCAUGCGUAUUGAGUGCCGCCUCCCGCGUCAAAAUAUCAUUGUUAUAUUCUCUUUGUCGGUUCCCGAUAAGACAAUCUUUGAAUCCAAGAACACGCUCUUUGGACGCAAGCUCAAGUCAACAAGCCCUCCUGACAUCGGUGCAAGCUUCACAACAUAUUUCAACUUGCUCGAUGACUGCUUGGGUGCGAUGGAUAUUAUCAUGGCGAAGGCCCGUGGCCCUCUUAGCUUGGCUCGCUGCUACAAUAAACUGGCUCCGCGGCAGUCAUAGGGAUAAGAAUCUGGUGGAGCAGGAUAGGGAGAGUGGUCAACAGGCCCCUGGAGAAGCCGGAUACGGAAAUCCUAAAGAACAUCUCGGACCAAAGACGCACGAACUCCAAUUCCCAUUAUCCUAUUUAUUUUACUGACAUUUUACAGCACCCUCGGAGCUACAACUUCAAGUAAUCUACAGGAAGCGACCAAGGCUGACGAGGAUAGGCCUGGCUUUGAAGUUUUACGAGUAAGGAUAAAAACACAUCACAAAA